AUUAUUAUACAUAGAAGCAGGGGCGGACUGACAACUCAUGGGGCCCCCGGGCAAUAGGGGAUCAUGGGGCCCCUGUGUCCUUGCCCAAACUCAAAAAAGCCUAUGAAAAAGGUACCAGGGGCAUCUCAUGGGGCCCCCUACUGACCCCGGGCCCUCGGGCAGUGCCCGAGUUUCCAAAUGGUCAGUCCGCCCCUGGUCCAUCCCCACUACCAUCAGCCUGCAAAAGUCUUUGAGAAGCUGACAGCUGCUUCAGCUGAGCAGGGCUUGACGGUGCACCAAAAGUUACCUAAGUUUAAGGCA